AUGAAAUUUGUCCUGGUUCUUCUGGUCCCCCUUGUGAGGGCCGCGGUUUUGGGCUCGAGGCCCGAUGUUGACGACUGUCCUGGCUAUAAAGCCUCCAUGAUCAAGCAGCUGGGCCAAAUAUUAACAGCCGAUCUAACUAUCGCCGGAGAUGCCUGUGACACCUAUGGCUUGGAUAUUCCAGACUUGAAACUCCUUGUAGAGGAACAAAGUGAAAAUCGCCUUCACGUCUUGAUCUACGAUGCAGACGAGGACGUAUACCAAGUUCCAGAAUCGGUCAUAACCCGCCCAGAUAUCGAGAAAGAACAAAAGGAACCAAGCAUCCGCUUCGACUUCGAAGAGAAUCCCUUCUCGUUUCGCAUCCUACGCGGAGAAGAAGCGCUCUUCGAUACAUCUGGUACAAACCUCAUCUUCCAGUCUCAGUAUCUGAGCCUCCGGACUUGGUUACCCAAUGACCCGAACUUGUACGGUCUGGGUGAACAUAGUGAUUCGCUACGCUUGCCGACAACAAAUUACACGCGCACGCUGUGGAACCGCGAUGCUUAUGGCAUUCCGUCAGAGACGAAUCUCUACGGCGCCCAUCCUGUCUAUGUUGAUAGUCGUGGAAAGAACGGGACUCAUGGAGUGUUUUUCUUGAAUUCUAACGGCAUGGAUAUCAAGAUUGAUGAAACUGAAGACGGGAAACAGUACCUUGAAUACAAUGCCGUCGGCGGAGUCUUGGACUUCUACUUUUUGGCUGGUCCUACGCCCAAGGAAGUCAGCAUUCAGUAUUCCGAGGUUGUGGGUCUUCCUGCCAUGCAGAGUUACUGGACGUUUGGGUACCACAACUGCCGAUAUGGUUACCAAGAUGUCUUUGAGGUCGCCGAAGUCGUCUACAACUAUAGUCGCGCGGGCAUUCCGCUUGAGACUAUGUGGACUGAUAUUGACUACAUGAGUGGUCGACGUGUGUUUACCCUGGACGAGGAACGGUUCCCUCUAAGAAUGAUGCGGGAGUUGGUAUCGCACCUCCACAAGCAUGACCAGCAUUACAUCGUGAUGGUUGAUCCAUCUGUUAGCCACUCUGAUAACGGUGCAUUCAACCGAGGCUGUGACGAGGGUGUCUUCCUAUAUCGCGAUCGCGAGCAGAAUGAACUAUACCAAGGUGCUGUUUGGCCCGGCGCGGCCGUCUUCCCAGAUUGGUUCAAUGAAAACACCCAACGGUACUGGAACGGCGAGUUCGAGCGAUUCUUCAACAAGGAAGGUGUAGAUAUUGACGGUCUCUGGAUCGACAUGAACGAAGCCUCCAACUUCUGUCCAUACCCAUGCAAAGAUCCAGCGGGAUAUGCCAGGGAGAACAACCUCCCUCCACCCCCUCCACCCGUCCGAACUCCCCCACGCCGUCUCCCGGGCUUCCCAGCCAGCUUCCAGCCUGGCAGUUCGACACCCCCUUCAGUACGAACCAAGAGAGGCGAAGCUGUACCAGAUAUCCCGAAUAGGAAAAAGAGUACCGGCGAGAGGGCCAAGAGAACCGGGCUGGCGAACCGAGACCUCAUCAACCCCCCGUAUCAAAUCGCCAACAUGGCUGGCUCACUCAGCAACAAGACUAUCGACACCGAUAUAAUCCAUGCUGGAGAUGGAUAUGCUGAGUACGACACACACAAUCUCUACGGGACCAUGAUGGGUUCUGCCUCGCGCGAGGCAAUGCUCAAGCGCCGUCCAGAUGUGCGUCCCCUCGUCAUCACGCGCAGCACCUUCGCCGGAGCAGGUGCUCACGUUGGUCACUGGCUGGGCGACAAUAUCAGCCAGUGGGACAAAUACCGCAUCUCUAUCGCACAGAUGCUAACCUUCGCAUCCAUCUUCCAGAUGCCGAUGGUCGGCACCGACGUCUGCGGAUUCUCCGGCAACACGACCGAAGAACUAUGUGCGCGCUGGGCCAUGCUCGGCGGAUUCUAUCCUUUCUUCCGUAACCACAACGAGUUCGGCAGUGUUCCACAGGAAUUCUAUCGCUGGCCUACUGUUGCGCAGGCCGCGAAGAAGAUCAUCGAUAUCCGCUACCGGCUGCUGGAUUACCUGUACACGGCAUUCCACCAGCAGAGCGUGACAGGCCGUCCAUUCCUGCAGCCGCUUUUCUACGUGUACCCGGAAGACGAGAAGACGUUUGGGAAUGAGGUGCAGUUCUUCUUUGGUGAUGCGUUACUGGUUUCGCCGGUCACGGGGGAAGGCGAGGACUCUGUACAGGCUUAUUUCCCGGACGAUGUAUUCUACGAUUGGUUUACUGGGGCUGUUGUGCAGGGAGGGGAUGUGCGGACGCUUAGCGGGAUUGGACUCACGGAUAUUCCGAUCCACGUUCGGGGUGGGAGCGUUAUUCCGCUGAGGGUGGAGAGUGCAGGGACGACAACGGAACUGCGGAAGCGAGGAUUUGAGAUUCUGGUUGCGCCUGAUGUGGAUGGGAAAGCGGUUGGUGAGUUGUAUCUUGAUGAUGGGGAGUCGAUUGAGGCGGAGAGUGCGGAGAUCCGGUUCGAGUUUGCGGAGGGCAGACUUAAGAUUCUUGGCAGGUUUGGGUACCAUCCCCAUGUGGCUGUUGAGGCGGUUACACUACUUGGACGGAAUAGGAAGCGGAGCGUUACGAGGAAGGUGCAGAUUGAGUUGACAGGUCCUGCGGAGGUGACUUUGUGA